AUGGAGGAAGAUUUCAUACCCCUGUCGGGAGGGAACGAUUUCAAUGCCCUCUAUCGCGCAAGCAGAGACGACGACAUUGUGCUAGAAGAUGGAGAACUUAGUUCAGACAGCGAGACAGAUUCCGACGACAUCGACGAAGACGACAUGCAUGACGCCGACGAUAUCGCUAUCAACGUGCAGGCGGGUCUGCCCUUGAUAAGCUUCAGUAGGCCUGGAAAAGCGCAAGUCAUGUUCACGGUAGCUGAGGCGGUGGUGAAGUUUGAGACGAUGCGCCGGGCCGGCUAUCCUCUAAAUCUACCGACGACUCGCACACGGUACGGCCUGUUCCAGGAAGAUACGACUCCACACUCGGGAACCAACAUCUCCUCUGCACCAUCACCAGCUUCUCGGCGACUGAGUGUUAGCAGCGCGACGAGCGAGGAGGCCGCCGCUGCACCAACGGCCAGAGUUCCACCACCGACUAUCGCAGCACCAAGAGCGAGAGCUGUACCAGAGGCACCAGCACCGGCAGCUCAGCCAGAGACAUACAAUCCGGGUCGCGACUAUGUGUUCAAUUGGGGAAUAAAUUCGGGCAAGCGCUUUGCUGACAUUCUUGCGAACCCAUCAGAUCCCUACCUGAAAACUAUCGGCGGCCAGCUAUACAUCUUCGUGGACAAGCACCCAGGCUUGAAGGAGGCGUUUGAAUACUACAAAUCCCAUUUUAUGCCAGGACAAAUACGCUUUACGCGACCGGUACAGGCACAAAGCCAAUCAUCGUAUAAUCAAGUACAACAACAAGCACCACAAACACAGACCCGGCCGUCUCAGGCUGGGCCAUCACGGUCACAGCCCCCGCCGUCAGCACCACGAGGACCCCGGAAUCCGUCAUCAAAUGGUCACUCAAGUGGUUCUUCAAGUGGCCCCCCGCGAGGUGCUCCAAGCGGUCCUUCAAGUGGCCCCUCCCGUGGUGCCCCCAACGGUACCUCGAGCCGCUCCUCAAUAUCAAAUACCUGGAGGUUCCCAAAAGGUAUGCACAAGGGAAAGACACUUCACGAUGUGGACGAGCACUACAUUAAGACGAUGGGGGGCAACCCGAAAAUCCGGCAAUCCUGGUCUGGAUUUGCAGAGGCACUGCAGGACUAUAGGGAAAAGACACAAACUCAAAGUAGGGCUUGA